AUGAAGUUAACAGAACCUUCUGGAUAUUUAACAGAUGGUCCAAUUAACUAUAAGUAUAAAACUAAAUGUACAUGGCUAAUUGAAGGCUAUCCAAAUGCAGUGUUAAGAUUAAGAUUCAAUCAUUUUGCUACAGAAUGUAGCUGGGAUCAUAUGUAUGUUUAUGAUGGAGAUUCAAUAUAUGCACCUUUAAUAGCUGUACUUAGUGGUUUGAUAGUCCCUGAAGUAAGGGGAAAUGAAACUGUGCCUGAAGUUGUUACAACAUCUGGCUAUGCACUGUUACACUUUUUUAGUGAUGCUGCAUAUAAUCUAACUGGUUUCAACAUUUUCUAUUCAAUCAAUUCUUGUCCUAAUAAUUGCUCUGGUCAUGGGAAAUGUACAACUAGUGUCUCUGUUCCAAGUCAAGUAUAUUGUGAAUGUGAUAAAUAUUGGAAGGGUGAAGCUUGUGAUAUUCCUUACUGUAAAGCCAAUUGUGGCAGUCCAGAUCAUGGUUACUGUGACUUAACAGGAGAAAAACUGUGUGUCUGCAAUGACAGUUGGCAAGGUCCUGACUGCUCUUUGAAUGUUCCAUCUACCGAGUCUUACUGGAUUCUGCCGAAUGUUAAGCCCUUCAGUCCUUCAGUAGGUCGAGCUUCACACAAAGCAGUUUUACAUGGGAAAUUUAUGUGGGUGAUUGGUGGAUAUACUUUUAACUACAGUACUUUUCAAAUGGUCCUGAAUUAUAAUUUAGAAAGCAGUAUAUGGAAUGUAGGAACUCUAUUGAGAGGACCUCUCCAAAGAUAUGGACAUUCUCUUGCUUUGUAUCAGGAAAACAUCUUCAUGUAUGGAGGCAGAAUUGAAACAAAUUAUGGCAAUGUUACAGAUGAAUUAUGGGUUUUUAACAUACACAGUCAGUCAUGGAGUACAAAAACUCCUACUGUUCUUGGACAUGGUCAGCAGUAUGCUGUGGAAGGACAUUCAGCACACAUUAUGGAGUUGGACAGUAGAGAUGUUGUCAUGAUCAUAGUAUUUGGAUAUUCUGCAAUAUAUGGUUAUACAAGCAGCAUACAGGAAUACCAUAUCUCAUCAAACACUUGGCUUGUUCCAGAAACUAAAGGAGCUAUUGUACAAGGUGGAUAUGGCCAUACAAGUGUGUAUGAUGAAAUAACAAAGUCCAUUUAUGUUCAUGGAGGGUAUAAAGCAUUACCAGGCAAUAAAUAUGGAUUGGUAGAUGAUCUUUAUAAGUAUGAAGUUAACACAAAGACUUGGACUAUUUUGAAAGAAAGUGGGUUUGCCAGAUACCUUCAUUCAGCUGUUCUUAUCAAUGGAGCUAUGCUUAUUUUUGGAGGAAAUACCCAUAAUGACACUUCCUUGAGUAACGGUGCAAAAUGUUUUUCUGCCGAUUUCCUGGCAUAUGACAUAGCUUGUGAUGAAUGGAAAAUAUUACCUAAACCAAAUCUUCAUAGAGAUGUCAACAGAUUUGGACAUUCUGCAGUAGUCAUUAAUGGGUCCAUGUAUAUAUUUGGGGGAUUUUCUAGUGUACUCCUUAAUGAUAUACUAGUAUACAAGCCUCCAAAUUGCAAGGCUUUCAGAGAUGAAGAAUUUUGUAAAAAUGCUGGUCCAGGGAUAAAAUGUGUUUGGAAUAAAAGUCAUUGUGAAUCUUGGGAAUCUGGAAAUACAAAUAAUAUUCUUAGAGCAAAGUGCCCUCCCAGAACAGCUAUUUCUGAUGACAGAUGUCACAGGUACGCAGAUUGUGCUAGCUGUACAGCCAAUACAAACGGGUGCCAGUGGUGUGAGGACAAGAAGUGUAUUUCUGCAAAUAGCAACUGCAGCAUGUCUGUCAGAAAUUACACAAAAUGUCAUGUGAGAAAUGAGCAGAUUUGCAAUAAACUUACCAGCUGUAAGAGCUGUUCAUUAAACUUGAAUUGCCAGUGGGAUCAACGACAACAAGAAUGCCAAGCUUUACCGGCUCAUCUUUGUGGAGAAGGAUGGAGUCAUAUCGGGGAUGCUUGUCUUAGAAUCAAUUCUAGUAGAGAAAGCUAUGACAAUGCAAAACUUUAUUGCUAUAAUCUUAGUGGAAAUCUUGCUUCAUUAACAACUUCAAAAGAAGUAGAAUUUGUUCUGGAUGAAAUACAGAAGUAUACACAGCAGAAAGUAUCACCUUGGGUAGGCUUACGCAAGAUCAAUAUAUCCUACUGGGGAUGGGAAGACAUGUCUCCUUUCACAAAUACAACAUUACAGUGGCUUCCUGGUGAACCAAAUGAUUCUGGGUUCUGUGCAUACCUAGAAAGGGCUGCAGUAGCAGGCUUAAAAGCAAAUCCUUGUACAUCUAUGGCAGAUGGCCUUGUCUGCGAAAAACCUGUUGUUAGUCCAAAUCAAAAUGCAAGGCCUUGCAAAAAGCCAUGCUCUCUAAGGACUUCGUGUUCCAACUGUACAAGCAAUGGCAUGGAGUGUAUGUGGUGCAGUAGUACAAAGCGAUGUGUUGACUCUAAUGCUUACAUAAUAUCAUUUCCAUAUGGACAGUGUCUAGAGUGGCAAACUGCCACCUGCUCUCCUCAGAAUUGUUCUGGAUUGAGAACAUGUGGACAAUGUUUGGAACAGCCUGGAUGUGGCUGGUGCAAUGAUCCUAGUAAUACAGGAAGAGGACGCUGCAUUGAAGGGUCUUCACGGGGACCAAUGAAACUUGUUGGAAUACACAACAACGAGAUGAUUCUUGACACUAAUCUCUGCCCUAAAGAAAAGAACUAUGAAUGGUCCUUUAUCCAGUGUCCAGCUUGCCAGUGUAAUGGACAUAGCAUUUGCAUCAAUAAUAACAUAUGUGAACAAUGUAAAAACCUCACCACGGGUAAACAGUGUCAAGACUGCAUGCCAGGUUAUUAUGGAGAUCCAACCAAUGGAGGACAGUGUACAGCUUGUACAUGCAGUGGCCAUGCAAAUAUUUGUCAUUUGCACACAGGAAAAUGUUUCUGCACAACAAAAGGAAUAAAAGGUGAUCAAUGCCAAUUAUGUGACUCUGAAAAUCGCUAUGUUGGUAAUCCACUUAGAGGAACAUGUUAUUACAGCCUUUUGAUUGAUUAUCAGUUUACCUUUAGUUUACUACAGGAAGAUGAUCGUCACCAUACUGCCAUAAAUUUUAUAGCAAAUCCAGAACAGUCAAACAAAAAUUUGGAUAUUUCAAUUAAUGCAUCAAACAACUUUAAUCUCAACAUUACAUGGUCGGUUGGCUCAACAGCUGGAACGAUAUCUGGGGAAGAGACUCCUAUAAUUUCCAGGACUAAUAUAAAGGAAUACAGAGAUAGUUUUUCCUAUGAGAAAUUUAACUUCAGAAACAAUCCUAACAUUACAUUUUAUGUGUAUGUCAGCAACUUUUCCUGGCCUAUUAAAAUACAGAUUGCAUUCUCACAACACAAUACGAUCAUGGAUCUUGUGCAGUUUUUUGUCACCUUCUUCAGUUGUUUCUUGUCCUUGUUAUUGGUGGCUGCUGUGGUAUGGAAGAUCAAACAAACCUGUUGGGCUUCUCGGCGGAGAGAGCAACUGCUUCGAGAAAGACAGCAGAUGGCCAGUCGUCCCUUUGCUUCUGUUGAUGUAGCACUGGAAGUAGGAGCUGAGCAAACAGACUUUCUGCGAGGACCAUUAGAGGGCGCACCGAAGCCCAUAGCCAUUGAACCAUGUGCUGGGAACAGAGCUGCUGUUCUGACUGUGUUUCUCUGCCUACCAAGAGGAUCAUCGGGUGCACCGCCUCCUGGACAGUCAGGCCUCGCAAUUGCCAGUGCCCUGACAGACAUUUCACAGCAGAAGCCUUCAGAUAAUAAAGAUAAAACGUCGGGAAUCCGAAAUCGAAAACACCUCUCCACCCGUCAAGGAACUUGUGUCUGAGAAAUGGAAAUCUCUCCUGUAGCUUCUGUACUGACUUACUUUGUAAAUGGCUUCCGUUAAAGCUCUUCUAUAACCUCACGUUUUAUAGAGGCCAAUCUCUAUAUAAUCCAGGGCCCAAGUACAGCUCCCUCUACAUAGGCAAUGUCCCAAGUGGCCAAACAAAGUUCACGAGUUUUAUAAAAAUAACACUCUUGAUGGUCACAGGUGAUAAAGUCAGUUUUGACGACUACUGUACUUUAGGCUUAUCAGAGCUAACAUUAAAUUACCCUGGAAAAAGAUGUAUAUUAUUUCUUACAGCUGGAAAUAUGUAAUUCAUAUAAAUCAACUGUUUAUAUCCCAAGACUUUAAAGAAAGACAUUUUAUAAUGCCUGAAUGAUGAAAAUUGUACAGUUUUUGCCUCAUAAGCAAACUUAGGUCACCUGUAUAUAAACAGGAGAUGAACACAUCCCAAGGCUUAUAAUAGUAUUUUUUUCUCACUGUAAAUGUGAAAGCAAGAUUUUGAUUUAGUGGAAUGAAGGUAAUGUAUUUAAAUGUGUCACAUGACCAUAUCAUGUCCAAACUUGAGAAUGUAACAAUUUUCUACCUAACCAGAAUGUAGACCAGAAUAAGUCUAUUUAGAAUGUGUACCACUUCACAACAGGUUUAUUAGAAUUCUGAGCGUAAAGGACAUUCCUUUCGUCUAUGCCAACUGCCUAACUCAUUAUCAGAGCUGAUAGAGCAUGGAAAAGCCUGUCCAGCAAUCAAUUUUCCCCUUCUUCCAAAAACAGUCUCCAAUACCACAACCUGAAGAGGGCUGAAAUAGUUAUUUUAUAGUAUGCAAGCUUCUGCUCCAAUAUGGUAAUU